UGGAAACCAGAGAAAUACAACCAAUCAGCCUCCACGGCGCCGCUUGGGGUCACCGGGACCCGGUUCCCACGGAGACCAAUGCUGCUUCAUGAAGAACGCAAGAGGCUCCUGUACUUGAACGCCCCACAACUGAAGUCCUGUACCUGAACGCCCCACAACUGCUCCCCGUGAACACAUCGUGUCUGUAAAGGUUCACCGGUCCUCACGCGGCCCUCGGCCCAUCAGAGCCUCACAUUGUGUCAUGAUGAACACUCAGCAUUAAGACCACCGAGGAGACGAGUCACAUUCAAGCCGCGCGCAGCCUGCACGCGCACGGCCUCCACCAGACACCCAUGAGCGAAUGGAGUGUGGUAAUGCGGCCGUAAAGCGGCGGUAGCUGUCGUGGACGUAAACAGUUUACGACAUGCCGUGUUCCGGCGCGUCCAGUGAGCCGCGCGUGAGGCAGCAUGCUGUACCUGGUGGGCCUGGGUCUGGGGGACGCGGAGGACAUCACGGUGAAGGGCCUGCGGGCCGUGCGCGGCUGCUCCCGGGUCUACCUGGAGGCCUACACCUCCGUCCUCACGGUGGGGAAGGAGGCGCUGGAGGAGUUCUACGGGAAGCAGCUGAUCCUGGCCGACAGAGACCUGGUGGAGCAGCGAGCGGACGACAUCCUGAAGGACGCCGACGUCACCGACGUGGCGUUCCUGGUGGUGGGCGACCCGUUGGGAGCCACCACCCACAGCGACCUGGUGCUGAGAGCAGUGCAUGCUGGGAUACCGUACAGGGUCAUCCACAACGCCUCCAUCAUGACCGCAGUGGGCUGCUGCGGGCUGCAGCUGUAUAACUUCGGGGAGACGGUGUCUCUGGUGUUCUGGACCGAGUCGUGGAGACCAGAGAGCUUCUACGACAAGAUCUGUAGCAACAGAGCAGCUGGACUCCACACCCUGUGCCUGCUGGAUAUUAAAGUCAAAGAGCAGAGCAUCGAGAACAUGAUGAGAGGGAAGAAGGUCUACGAGGCUCCGCGCUUCAUGACGGUGAACCAGGCGGCGGAGCAGCUGAUCCAGAUCAUCAGGGGGAGGAGGGGGGAGGGGGAGGAGCUGGGUCUGACGGAGGACACCGUGUGUGUGGGCGUCGCCCGGCUCGGCUCCGCCCACCAGGCCAUCCGCACCGCGACCCUGAGUCAGCUGGCGUCAUGUGACCUCGGCGCGCCGCUCCAUUCGCUGGUCGUCACCGGCCGGCUCCACCCGCUGGAGGUGGAGAUGCUGCGACUGAACGCGGAACCCAACGCACUGCAACACCUGAUGGACCAAUAGUGUGAUGUCAUGGAUGUGUGAUGUCAUCAAUAAAGAUGGAGCGCUUCAA